AUGGCACCAGAGAGUAUCGCGUUGUGGGAGAAGUUUCUGAAUGGUGACGAUAGCUACAGAAAUUCUCGAUUUAAAGUCAUCCCGCGCGUCAUAGAGGGCAAUUGGCUCGUCAUGAAGGCCUGCGGCACCUCGAAACCGGUCUUGUACGCCACGAAGCUAACACACUACUAUCGGAAGACCGAUCGCUUCUUCGAGAUCAGCUGUGACACAACGAGCUCAAAGAUUGCGAGCAGUCUUGCGGACUUGUGUGUGGGCAAAGCUUCCACCCUCACAUUUGAUAUGGCUAUCAUGAUAGAGGGACGCGACGAAUCGGAGCUUCCAGAGCAAAUAUUGGGGGUCUUCCGGAUGACCAAACCAGAUCUCAAACACUGCAGGAAAGUGCUGCUACCAUCCAAAGAAGACAUCGCACAUUCUAAGCCGAGCCUCGGAGACUUGAUGACCAGUAUGAGUCUGAAGAAGAGGACUUCAGUAAAAUAAUCAAGAGACACCUAGGGUGAACGGCACAAAUGAU